ACCCCACCUCCUCGGGGCGCCAGAUUCCCACGAUCACCCCGGCUUCCGGGUGCUCUGUGAAGCCGAGACGCUCCUGACCCGCUAGGGUAAAGAGGUCCACGCGGGCCCAGCCAGGCCCUCGGGGCGCGGAAGCCGGCGUGGGAGAGAGAAAGGCUCCUGGUGUCCCGUGUGAGUGUGGAUGGGGACGAUGAACGAGGUGAAGGAGUCCCUGCGCAGCACGGAGCAGAAGUACAAGCUCUUCCAGCAGCAGCAGUUCACCUUCAUCGCCGCCCUGGAGCACUGCAGAGAGAACGCCCACGACAAGAUCCGGCCCAUCAGCAGCAUCGAGCAGGUGCAGAGCUACAUGGAGCAUUACUGCAACAACUCCACCGACCGGCGGAUUCUGUUCAUGUUCUUGGACAUCUGCUCUGAGCUGAGCAGGCUCUGCCAGCACUUUGAGGCCCUGCACUCUGGCACCCCGGUCACCAACAACCUCCUCGAGAAAUGCAAAACCCUCGUUAGCCAAAGCAACGACUUAAGCACCCUGAGAGCAAAAUACCCCCACGACGUGGUGAACCAUCUCAGCUGUGACGAGGCCAAGAACCACUACGGAGGCGUGGUCAGCCUCAUCCCCAUCAUCCUGGAUUUAAUGAAAGAAUGGAUCGCCCACUCAGAGAAGCUGCCCCGCAAGGUGCUGCAGCAUGUGAGUGAGCCCCAGGCACACCAUGGAGCCAGCGGGAGAGCCACUCGUCCUGCCCAGGCCACAGGCAUCCAGCCUUGGUCCAGAAAACACAAGUGUAGGCAACUCACAAAAGACAGGGGAAAAGACAAAGGAUGGUCCAAACCUCCCUGGAGACCACCUUGUGGGAAUCUGUAACUCAGAGCCGGGGCCUUCUGGCACUUUGCUACGUAACUGGCUUUCCCUGGCUCAUCUGCUUUCUUUGGGCACCCAUAGAAUUUGCCAUAGUUAUUACCAUCGUCCUUGCCACAUCUAAUCCCAAAAGAGAUCAGCCAACACAUUACUGAGAACUCCUCUCCCUCUCCUGCUUUAACUUGUAACUCUUCCGCCUCUAAGCAUCAGCUCUGGGUGAUGAAGAGGCUCCUGCUUACAGGAGUUGUCUAGAGCAUCGAGAGUGGUAAUGAGGGAGGCCACUGGGCUGCACUCCCAGGUCCUCUCUGAGCCACAACUCCCCCAGUGCCAGGCCCGUCCAGCUGUGGGCCCCAGCUUUACAGCGAGCCGUCAAGCUGGAAGACCCCACUAGCUCCUUGUCCCCCCACCAGCCCCAGCUAUAGGCAGGGCACACACUGUGAGACAGGGUGCUCCUGCCCAGGACUGAGUGAGGUCUGCAUGUCGAGCUCCUCAGUGCUGGACCGAAGCCAAAGGGGGAUGAACCCACCUCUGCCUCUCCUUUACGUGGGAAGGGGGACCAUGCCAGAGGCCAGAAGAAUUCUGAUUUUGUGGCUUCUGUACAAGGAUGAUGAUCAGGUCUUCACAAUAUAGUUGAUCCCCAGACAUAAAAUGUGUCCCUGGUAUCUGAACUUGCCCAAAGUAAAGUCUGACUGUUGGUUUUUCCCUUCACAGGGGACGACUUAGCUUCUGUAUUGUUGCCUCCUCAGGGGGAGAGAGUCAAGAAUAAAAAGUGUCCUACCACCU